UUAGGGUUUUACAAAACCUUAAAUCGUAUCAUCAAAAUUCACGAAAUUUCCAAACCUUCAAAAAAAAACAAACAAACAAACACAAACAAUGAUUUACGACGUUAACUCUCCGUUGUUCCGCUCUUUCCUCAGCCAAAAGGGUGGCUCAUCUGAUAAAAGGAAAACUGAGGAGCAGAGGCCAAAGGAACACAAGCCAAAGGCUAAUGAAAACAAGCCUGUCAUGAAUGAAUAAUGAGAUUUCCUUAAAUGUAAGGUUGAUGCUGUCUUUUUGUAUUUUGUUCAUGAAGUAUGAUAACUGUUAAACUCAGUUAUUAUGAAGUCAUCAUCAUCUAUUCUCUAUUGACUGUUUGUUAUGUUGAUCAUCUAUUUUGUAAUGGGGGAUAACUUUGUAUAAGUAUCGUCUCUGUUCAAAAGAAAGGAACGAAAUUAAGGUGAUUGAGUAUUAUAUGGUGCUUUGGGAACACCAAGUUAUGAUC